AUGACGCAAGGUCCGGGUUCGCGCCCCGCGCCUGUGCCGAUCGACACGCCGAGUGCCAUGUACCAGGCACUGAUUAAGCGUGCCAUGCGGCCACGUCAACAGCGCAUCCUGCUGCUGGCAUCGCUCGCGACGUUUCAGCUCUUUGCUCUCUCGUUAGUAACGUGGAAGGCAUGGUGGCGUGCCUGUGUGUGGAUAAGUGCUCUGGCCCUAAUCCCAAGCGCCGUACUUCCGUUGAUAUUCUUGCGCCGUACACACUUGAUCAAAGGCCGCGCGCUGGUCAGCCCACGGCCUGUCACCCGCCUGGCAUUUAUUGCGAGUCUUGUGCGUGCUGAUGAUGUAUGGCAAAUCCUAGGCGUGCAUGCUAUGGUCGGUGCUGUGGUUUCCUCGGUAUAUGCACUGACAAAAACACAUAUGUAUGGAUGGAGUACAGCGUUAGCACCGAUGCAGUAUGUCUCUGUGCAUGACGCAUACUAUAUCAAUGAGGUAUGCCUACUAAGCAUUGGCAUGACUGUUCUCGCAAGCGUUGUGUACGCUAGCUUGAUGAUGUACUUGGUGCCAGGUGGCCGCCGUGGUGUUCCGCCUUUUGAUACGACAUACACAGGCAAAUCGCUUCGUACACGUACGCUCGCAUCUCUCCAAAGCCAUGUCCCCUUGGCGUUAUUGGGCUGGCUUUGUGUGCCGUUGGCUUUAGGUGUCUAUCUUGUGUUCCGCGACGCCUUUUGGACAGCCAUACUUCGUAUUGUUGGCAUUGAAACAGCACUUCGUCGGUUCGUUGUGCCUUCGUUCCGUGUUCCUUUCUCCUCGUUCCGCCUCUUAGUUCAUGCGACGCCGCCUGUCUUGAUGACAUUAGCCUUGAUGGAGGUCGUACAUACUUUGUUUGACAUUUAUUGGACGCAUCCAUUGCGGCAUACCACAAUCGCCGCGAAAGAUCUCAGUACGGUUUUGUUGGGUGGGCUCAUGGACCCCCACCCGUUCUUCUCGUCGCAUGCCUUUUGUGAACUGGCAUGGAUCGCAGAGAAAGAGCCGAAGGGUCGUCAGACAUUGUUUGACGAUGUGCAGAGGCAGCAUGGCCGUCCUAUCGCGCUAGAGGCCAUCACUACGGCAUGCAUCCGUAUGCUUGAUCACAUUGCGAAGGUGGAAGAACCCGCCGCAAAGACGGUCCCUACGUCGGCGCCAUCACAGGCAGCGGCCACAACCACAACCAAGCCGGAGGCCCGUUCGUCGUCCAAGCCGUCGAAUGUAUGGCACAUCUUGGCUAGUGAUUCGGCCAACUCGGCCCCCACCAGCACACCCACCCCGUCAUCGUCAUCGUCACAGCCUCAGCCUCAGCCUCAGCCAUUGCCGUCGUUCACACCGCCCACAUCCACUGCGCAGCGUAUCCAAGCAGUGGCGCACGGUCUGUGGACGUUGAUGCCCUCGGAAGUAAAGCAUGUGCUAUUCCCGCGGGCAUGGUAUGCUGCGCUAUGCCAGCCCACACCUGGUUUGUGGCUGGAAGCACAUUGGCUGCCCUAUCGCGCACGCGUAUGUUGGGCAGCGCAGGCAUUGCAGGGAUUUGUGCUCGCCUCGCUUCAGGAGGAUCGGUACGGCAGUGUCCAAGGCCAAGUCCCGCGAGUGCAGGCUUCGCUGCAGCAGGCACAUACGCGCUUGGGGACGGUCCAUCGGUAUUGGGAGCGCACGGCGACCGAGGCUGAUGCACAGUGGGUGCGUGAUGUGCGUGUGGUGCGUGGUGUACUGGCUGAUGCCGGGACUGAUCAUUCCACAACACUCGGCACAUCUAUUGCCCCAUUUUACAAUGAAAUGCAGAUGGCAUGGCAGGCGUACGCAGCCCUGGAUGAUGUGAUUGUGCAAGCUACGCACCAUAUUGGACAAGUGUAUGCGCCAUAUCGAUAA